AUGUCCAUUCCUCAAGAUUCCUCAUCACCUGCGGCCAGGCUCUUGAUCCAAAUGUCUGGUGCGCCUGGCUCUGGUAAAAGUACGGUAGCGAGACUGCUUAGGCCAAGCAUUCACGGUAUUGUCAUCGACCACGAUGUGCUGAGAUCAGCCCUCCUCGAAUCAGGCAUUGUUUCGUUUGAUCAGGCGGCGAAGCAAGCCUACCGCCUCCAGUGGGCGCAGGCUCAAGACUUUAUGAGCCAAGGUGUCGGCAGCGUCAUCAUCGAUAGCACCUGCAACUACCCUGAGGUGCUUCAGCAAGGCAUUUCUCUGGCAGCCUGCCAUGGUUACACCUACUGGUAUGUCGAGUGCAAGGUGAACGAUGUCGACCUGUUGGAUCGCCGGAUGCGUGCCCGUCAACCCAUGGCGAGCCAGCGAUCCACCGUCGACAGUCCCCCUGCCGCUGCACAGGGAAAUGGUGCUCGCGUGGGCGAGGACGCCAGGGCUCUUUUCGCCAGAUGGAUAGAGAGACCAUGCCGUCCUGACAACGAUAGUUGCGUUAUCAUUGUCGACUCGGCGGCCAGUUUGGAGAAUGUUCGCGAGCAGAUCUUGAAGAGACUUUCUCAAGCACCAAUUGCACUUUGGCAGGGUCCCAUCAUAUCGGAUAUGUGUAGUCUCGCCGUCAGUCUCUGCACUCGUCUAAUCUCACCGCCGCUCCAUACUGACAUGUGCUCUUUCUGUGACAAGAGUAUCUAUGGGGGCAUGUUUUAA